UUUUAUUUACAGCGUUCAUCUGAGGGAGUCUCUGUUACUGGACAGAUAUCAGGACUGUCACCUGGAUUGCAUGGCUUCCACGUUCAUGAGUUCGGAGAUUUAUCGAACGGUUGUGCCAGCACUGGUGGCCAUUACAAUCCCACAAACAUGGACCAUGGAGCGCCGACUGAUAGUCAAAAGCAUGUAGGGGAUUUAGGAAACAUUGAAGCAGAUCGAAGUGGAGUUGCAGAUUUGAACAUGGUUGGAGAUCAAAUGAGAUUGUGCGGUCCCAUGUCAAUAAUGGGAAGAGCAAUAGUAGUUCAUGGUGGGGAAGACGAUCUGGGAAGAGGUGGCAACCAAGCUAGCAGAAAUAACGGAAAUGCCGGACCCAGAGUUGGAUGCUGCAUUAUCGGAGUCGCAAAUAAUUCGUAGAAGACGAUUCAUUUCAAAAAAUCAUCUUAAAUGCAUCGAAUAUGUGAUUCAUCUUUCUGUUCACUGAUUAAAAAAUAUCAUAUUUGAUGAGGUGUUUUGUGAUUUUGUAAUGUUUUGUAUACUCUUUAGUAAAACAAAUCAGAAAUUUGUACAGCG